UAGAAUGUUCCGGGUGACACUUGAACUCACCACGGACAGUGGUUCUUUUCGCAUUCCAAAAUGACUGACCCGACCAGGUCUCCGGACGAGCACUGGAAACACACUGACGGGGCUUUCAGCGACGGUGGAUUCGACCCCAGUUUCUUCGCAGAAUCUGGCAAGAAGGGCUCAGUGGUGUCCAGAGCGAACAGCAUUGGCUCCACCAGUGCAUCUUCAGUUCCCAACACAGAUGAUGAGGACAGUGACUGCAGACAUGACACAUCGUUUAAGGACUCGUAUAAAGACAGACGGAGACAAGCGCACACGCAAGCUGAGCAGAAGAGGAGGGAUGCUAUCAAGAAAGGCUACGAUGACCUGAUGACCAUCGUGCCAACGUGUCACCAGCAGUCUGAGUUCGGUGUGGGAGCUCAGAAGAUCAGCAAGGCCACCGUGCUGCAGAAAGCCAUCGACUAUAUUCAUUUUCUUCACAAAGAAAAGAAGAAGCAAGAAGAAGAAGUUUCUGUCUUGAGAAAAGAGGUGACGGCCCUGAAGAUUAUGAAAACUAAUUACGAGCACAUCGUGAAGGCCCACCAGAACAACCCGCAACAGGGGGAGGAUCAGGUGUCGGACCAGGUCAAGUUCAACAUCUUUCAGAGCAUCAUGGACUCGCUGUUCCAGUCGUUCACCACCUCGGUGUCGGUCAACAGCUUCCAAGAGCUGUCGGCCUGCGUCAUCAGCUGGAUCGAGGAGCACUGCAAGCCUCAGACGCUGAGAGAGUUCGUGGUCGGAGUCCUUCACCAAAUCAACGGCCGGCUAUAUUGACGAGUGCUGGAGCUCCGGGAUGCCGAUCUCAUCUCAGGAACGCCCGCUCCUGCGACUGCAAUACCUCAAAACACCACCGCUGCUUUACCGUGCGACCGUCUGGUGGCAGGGUCAGACUCUUCAGUUGAGCAGACGACCUCUGCCUCAGUCCUCUUUCAGCUUCAACUGUCUUUCACUGUGAUAGUGUGAGGUCCGCUGAUUUUACAAAAGUACACACACUAACAGGCUUCAACUCAACACUUUAAUAUCUCUGUGAACUCACACACUGCACAAGCACCAGCUGAAGAGAUUUCCGAAACACUGCUCUGGAUUUCACACAACCUUAGUCAGGAUCAGCGAGUUCAACCAAAAUUGUUUUACUGUGUUUAUGUAAAUUAUAACGUGUUGAUUCUUUUGAAUUGUUGGUUUUUCAACAGCAAUCAGAUCCAAAUACACAAGGACACACAUGUGGUGUGUCUUCGUAUGCCGCACAACAGGUGACUGCUUAAACAACACCAGUUUCUUACACGUAUUUAACUCUCAUAAACACCAAGAAAAGAGGUUUAACAUAUAGUUAUUUCAGCCUCAGGGGUGUUUUUAACGUUGAAAGGGAAGAUAAACAUUGUACCAGAACAUACCGCAACAAUCAACAACUCAUGUAAAUACAAAUAUAUUUUAACUUGCUAUAAAUAAAACCUGUCUUUCACUUGUCUGGAAUCACAACACCGUGGUC